UCCACCCAAACCCUCACCUCUUACUCUCUACUCAACUAGCCCUCAGCAGCCAAGACACAAUCAAGUCAGGACAGCAUGAGCCGAUCACCUCUCCAUCCUGUUCCUCUCCUAUCUGUGGGCUCCCAGGAUGCCCCUGUUCCCCUGCCACCAUUGCUGCCCCGUCUCCAGAAUCCCUCCUCCCCCUCUUGGGCUUCUCGGUGUGGGCCUUCUACCUGGGGUCUCAGCUGUCUUCUGGCUCUACAGCAUUUCCUGGUCCUGGCAUCUCUGCUCUGUGCCUCCCAUGUAUUGCUGCUUUACAGUCUUCCCCCUGGAGGCCUCUCAUAUUCACCUGCUCAGCUCCUGGCUUCCAGUUUCUUCUCGUGUGGUGUGUCUACAGUCCUGCAAACUUGGAUGGGCAGCAGGCUGCCUCUAAUUCAGGCUCCAUCCUUAGAGUUUCUUAUCCCCGCACUGGUGCUAACAAGCCAGAAGCUUCCUCUGACCACCAAGACACCUGGAAAUGCCUCCCUCUCACUGCGCCUGUGUAAUGUGACAAGCUGCCAUGGCCUGGAGCUCUGGAACACUUCUCUCCGAGAGGUGUCGGGGGCAGUGGUGGUAUCCGGGCUGCUGCAGGGCACAAUAGGACUUCUAGGGGUGCCUGGCCGUGUAUUCCCCUACUGUGGGCCACUGGUGCUGGCCCCCAGCCUGGUUGUAGCAGGGCUCUCUGCUCACAAGGAGGUGGCCCAGUUCUGUUCCGCACACUGGGGCCUGGCCUUGCUGCUCAUCCUGCUCAUGGUGGUCUGUUCUCAGCACUUGGGUUCCUGCCAGGUACCCCUCUGCUUCUGGAGGCCAGCUUCAACCUCAACUCACAUUCGUAUUCCUGUCUUCCGACUUUUUUCGGUGCUUGCCCCCGUGGCCUGUGUGUGGAUCAUCUCUGUCUCUCUGGGUCUGAGUGUUAACCCCCUGCAGCUAUCCGACCCCACUGAGGCACCAUGGUUUUGGCUGCCUCACCCAGGUGAGUGGGAUUGGCCCUUGCUGACACCCAGGGCCCUGGCUGCAGGCAUCUCCAUGGCUUUGGCAACCUCCACCAGCUCCUUGGGUUGCUAUGCCCUGUGUGGACAGCUCCUGCAUUUGUCUCCGCCGCCACCACAUGCCUGCAGUCGAGGGCUGAGCCUGGAGGGGCUGGGCAGUGUGCUGGCAGGGCUGCUGGGGAGCCCCCUGGGCACUGCCUCCAGCUUCCCUAACGUAGGCACAGUGAGUCUUUUCCAGACUGGUUCACGGCGAGUAGCCCACCUAGUGGGGCUGUUCUGCAUGGGGCUUGGGCUCUCCCCAAGGCUGGCUCAGCUAUUUACCAACAUCCCCCUGCCUGUGCUCGGUGGGGUACUGGGAGUGACCCAGGCUGUAGUUCUGUCUGCUGGAUUCUCCAGCUUCCACUUGGCUGACAUUGACUCUGGGCGAAAUGUCUUCAUUGUGGGCUUCUCCAUCUUCAUGGCCUUGCUUCUGCCAAGGUGGCUCCGGGAAGCCCCAAUCCUGCUCAACACAGGCUGGAGUCCUUUGGAUAUGUUCCUGCGUUCUUUACUGGCAGAGCCCAUUUUCCUAGCUGGUCUUUUGGGCUUUCUCCUGGAAAACACCAUAUCUGGUACACGGACUGAACGAGGCCUAGGUCAGGGGCUGCCAACUUCUUUCACUGCCCAAGAAACUCAAAUGUUUCAAAAGUCCAGGGAGAAGGCUGCUCAAGAGUAUGGGCUUCCUUCACCGGUCAAAAACCUGUGUUCCUGCAUCCCGCAGCCUCUCCAUUGCCUUUGCCCAAUGCCCGAAGACUCUGGCGAUGAAGGAGGGCCCUCUAGAACAGGAGAGACAGCUGAUUUGUUGCCUAAUUCUGGGGAGUCAUACCCUACAGCAAGCAGAGAUGGAUUUAGGUUCCAGUAAUUACCAAAACCACUAUUUUUGUCUUUAUUAGUUUAGCAGUAAUUCUCAGCUUGCUGGAGUCUCACCUCCAAGGCUGUACUUUCUCUCAGCGAGGUGUAUGUGGCCCACUAGUAGAAUGGGCUGCCUUUCCUCUUCAUAAGGGUUUAAUGUUCAGGAGUAGGGGCCAUGGUUUAGUGGGUGAUAAGUAAAUAAACGGGAUUUUUGCCUGUGAACUGCUAA